AUUUUUGUGAGAUGAUAUUAACAAUAUAGUUAAAGUGUCAAAUUACUUGUAUAAAAAAUAAUAAAAUAACUCAACUGAAAGCUAAUGUGUCAAACUCUAUAUAAAAAUGAAUUUAUGAGUUCGAUCCUGUUGUCACCUUUAUAAAGUCACUUUGCAUUUGUUUAUAUACACAAAAAUAGUAAACAUUUUAGAAAAUAAAGUUAAAAGUUCAAAAAUUACUAAAUUUAAAUAAUCAAAAUCAUGGGUGGUUGUCGCUGUUAUUUUCGAGAUUGCCAUACCAAUAAUCCUAAAUAUUCACGCUUACAUUUCUUUCGAUUUCCUAUCAAGGAUGUGGAACGCUUUAAGAAAUGGCGCCAGUAUGCUAAAACGGAAAAUAUGAUGGAGUUUUCUGAAAUGCGUCGUAAAAAUAUGAAUAUAUGUGCUCGACACUUUCGUGCUGAACAUUUUAUGAACUACAGAAUGGAUCGUUUAACUCCAAAUGCGAUACCAACACUAAUGCGGCUUUCUAAAGACCAAGCUCUAGAUUAUGAAUUAGACAUUGAAAAUGGUGUUUUGGUAUCCCUGGAAAAACCAAAAUUAAAGCAUUUAAUACCGCCAGACGAUUUUGUAGAUGUUUUGCAUUUAGAAGAAGACAACAUUUUAAGAGAAAAACUGAAUGAGUUACAAAGACAACAGUUAACUAACGAGGUAACAGAUGAUGCAGAGUACGUUGCUUCCGGCCAUGAUAUAGAGUAUGAGGAAGUCAUUUUGCAGAAGCCUGUAAAGAAUUUAGUAAAUACAGUGGAAAUUCUGGAGACUAUACAGGUAAAAGGUCCAAAUUUAAAAAGACCAAGAGAAACGGCAGAUGUAGGAACAUUACAAUCAACAAAUGUGAGUGCUAAUAAUAGUAAAAAAUGUAAAAUCUUAAAUACAAACAAAUGUAUAGAUAGCAAGAUUAUACCAAACAGAACAACAAUUGUUUUGGAUAGCUGCGAGUUGGCUAAUAGCGAUAUCAUAGAUUUUGUGGAAGCAGAGGAAAUUCAAAACAACAAUGAAUUGAGCAAUGAUGCUGACGAUGAAGCACACUUUUUACUAACCACCGAUGACUUCAACCUCGAAGCAGAAAAUGAGCAAGAACAACAAUUAGUCGAAAUACAUAAUACUGAACAUCAUUUCCAAUACGAUUUAACAUCAAGUGAGGAUCCGGAUACUACCGUUGUACAAUUAAAGAGAAACACACAUAACUCUAUUUCGGAUAUGUUAAGCCGAGAACUUGAACUGGCUCAAAAUGAAAUUUCGGAGCUUCAGAUAAAGUUACAAGAUUAUAAUAGCCUUCAAACUAAAAUAUCUUUAUUAGAAACAGAAAAUACAAAACUACAAGACUCCUGUCAGGAAAAUGUGCAAAUGAAAAACAAAUUACUUUCUUUACAAAAGGAAAAUAAUAGUAUUAAAAAAACUGUCCAUGAAAAUAAAUCUAUAAAGGAAAAAUUACAAGAAUAUAGUGAGGAAAAUAAAAAACUUAAGGAAGAGUGUGCCAGUAUGGACAUUUUAAGAGCUGAAAUCUUGUCCAGGCAGCAGGAAACUAAAGAGUUGAAAAAACUGUUGGAGAAUUUAAAAAGUUCCGAAACCAAAUAUCAGCAGUUAAUAAAAGAAUUUGAAAUGAAUUUAGAAACUGAACGUAACAAUAAUUUAAGCCACAAAAUGAAAUUAGAGAAGGAAAAUUCAAUGUUAACAACUAAAUUGGAAACGGCACAGCAGGAAACAACAGAAUUGAAAAAGCUGAUGGAAACUCUAAAAAGUUCCCAAUCACGAGAACAGGAGCUAAUUAAAGAAUUUGAAGGGAACUUAGCAAUAGAACGUACUAAUAAUUUAAACAAUAAAAUGAUAUUACAGGAAGAAAUUUCAAUGUUAAAAACUAAACUAGAAUCUGCUCAGCAGGAAACAAAAGAAUUAAAAAAUCUACUUGAAACCUUAAAAAGUUCCCAAACAAAAGAACAGCUGCUAAUAAAAGAGUUGGAGAGUAACUUAGCAAACGAACGUGCCAAUAAUUUAAGCAAUAAAUUUAAAUUAACUGAAGAAAUUUCAAUGUUAAAAACUAAAGUGGAAACCACACAGCAGAAAUUAGUGUACACAGAAAAUGAACUAGAAGAAGUUAAAACUGAUUUAAAUAGCAAGAAAAUCGAUAAUAGUAGACUUACACAAAUUCAUGAAGAAUUGCAACAAUCACUCAAUAAUAUACAAAAUAAUUUUGAUGUUAAACAAAACGAUUUGAGAACAUUAAAAUCAGAUUACGAUAAUCUGCAGCAAAAAUACUGUGUAUUAGAACAAAAAUAUUGGAAAUUACAAGCUUUGCACAAUCAAGAAGCUACAGUAUCCACAUCUUUGGAGAACACCAACAAACAACCCGCAACAGUUGCGACACCCGCCCCUGCAAUAACAGCCAACUCACUAACAAAAGCUCAACUUUUCAAUGGCAUCAAACGUUACCUAAGUGCUUCUAUGGUGUCACUUUUACGCAUGGAAAUGUUUGGCAGUUCAGAUCGUGAAUGGAAAACAGAUGAACGUCAAGUUGCUGUAGAUAUUUUACGUUUAGGUGAAACAGUUUAUAAGUAUUUCACCGAUGAGUGGCGUUUUCGUUUGCCGAGUUUACGUGAUGUACGUAUUUGGUUGAGCCAAUCUCAAAAUAUGAUGGAUGAUGAGGAAGAUCUUUAGUUCAAUACAUUGAGAAUUUCUAGAUCUUUUAGAAUCUCUAUUAGAUUAUAAAAUGUGUAUAUAGAAUGUUAUGCGCCUACAGCACUAUUGGGAAGAAAUGCUCAAAGUUAGUAACCUAAAGAUUUUAAAAUUACAUCUGUUCACUGUUUUGUUGUGAAAUCAUGGGUUGCAGUUUUGAAAUUAAUGCAAUAUUAUUGCCCAUUUUCUAUAUUAUUGAAAAGAUAUCUUUUCGAUGUAAAAGAUUUAACGGAUACUAGAUUUAAGUAGUUAUAAAUCUAGAAUUUAAAUCCGUCGCAUAUUAAUUUUACGUAAAUGGCAUCUAACUUCAAAAAUCAAAACUAAUCUGUUUAAAAUACUACACACAAAAAUCAAUGCAAUACAUGUAAAGUUUAUGCACAUAAACUUCGUAAUAUCAAAUUUUCUGAAGGUCAUUUGAAAAUGUGCUCACACCCGAAAACUAUGAUCACUCUGAUGGUAUGCAAGUAUAAUAUUUUUCGAAUAAUUUGUAAAAAAUCCACACUGAGUGCAUAACAAAAGUUUGGCAAAUUUAAAAAACUUAUUACAAGUUUAAGGAUAAUAACUCAUUGGUCUUAACCGACUUCAUUUAACACUAGUUUAACUUUAAGAGAAUUUUUUUUAAUUAAAUAAUAAAAAUUUUACGUUAUUAAACUAUUUUUGUUGAUUUUAUUUAAAUUUUAUUUUAAAUUAAAGCAAUUUAAUAAUCAUUAGCUAAUGAAUGAGUCUUUCGGCGAUAGAUUCAAAAGUUCGAACUAAUUUUCAAAGUGAUAAAGUUAUAUCUUAAAAUAUAAUUAUCGAAUUUUUAUUAUUUUGAAAAUUUCGUAUAAAAUAAAUAUUAAAAUUCUCAAUUCUUAUUCGCAAUUAAUUAAUCUUUUAUUAUUUUUCACAUUUUUCUGGAUUAUACAAUUCAAUAAUCUGUAUAUGUAUUAAAAUCAUUAGCAUAAUAGAAUAACUUCUUUAGCAAUGUUGAAACUGGUGUUUGCUCCAAAUCACACACAAUGGAAGUUGGCUAUAAAAGAAAUUAAGAAAAAAAGUAAUAUAAAAUACUUUUGUAGAGACCAAUGGAGCAUUUACCGUUAAUUCAUCAACACAAAUCUCAGCACUAGAAGCAUCACAUAUUUUGUCCUGAGGACAAGAUCCCACCACUUCUGAAGGUAUUGUGGAGCCAAAACAAAAUGCAAAUGUGGUGCGUGUAGUAC